AUGAAAUUAAGUCUUCCAUGACGUCUUUUUCUGCUAGCUUCCCUAUCUCUCUCUAAUCUUCACUGUGUUCAGAAUCCUUGACGUCUCAUUUCCUUUGCAAAUGUUUGUCUCUCAUUUCUAUAAUCUUCCAUGACGUCUUCUCCUUCUUCUUCUUCUCGCACUUGUAGAUACGAUGUAUUCCCGAGCUUCAGAGGGGAAGAUGUCCGCCAAUCUUUCCUCAGCCAUCUUAUCAGGGAGCUCGAACGCAAGUUGAUCACACCAUUCGUAGAUAACCGAAUCGAGAGAGGCCGAGAGAUAAAUCCUGAGCUUAUAUUAUCCAUAAGAGAAUCGAGGAUCUCAAUCGUCGUUUUCUCUAAGAACUAUGCUUCUUCCACUUGGUGCCUCAACGAGCUGGUUCAGAUCCACAAGUGCUAUGAGGAGUUGGAUCAAAUAGUGAUUCCUAUCUUCUACAACAUUGAUCCUUCUCAUGUUAGAAAACAGAAAGGAGAUUUUGGAAAAGUCUUUGACGUGACCUGCAAGGUAAGUACAGAGAAUGAGAAGCGAAAAUGGAUACGAGCUCUAGUAGCGGUAGCAAAUCUUGCUGGCGAGGAUUCUCGGAACUUGUGUGACGAUGCAAAGAUGAUUGAGAAGAUAGCCAACGAUGUUUCAAACAAACUUAUCACACCAUCAAAUAAUUACGGUGACUUCGUUGGGAUUGAAGCUCAUAUAGAGAGAUUGAUACCAAUGUUGCGUCUAGGAACCGAGGGAUACGAGAAAGCGAGAAUGAUAGGGAUUUGUGGGCCCAAAGGGAUUGGUAAGAGUACCAUAGGAAGAGCCCUAUACGGUAGAGUCAUGAGCCAGUUCCACCAUCGGGCUUUCGUACAAUACAGGAGAACAAAGCGGAGCGACUUUGACAUGAAGUUGUCUUGGGAGCAACAGUUUCUAUCAGAAAUCCUACGUCAAAAGGAUAUAAGGAUAGAUCAUUUAGGUACGGUGGAACAACGAGUAAAGAACAAAAAGGUUCUUAUCUUUCUUGAUGAUGUUGAUGAUAUAGAGCUACUAAAGACUUUGGUAGGACGAAGAGGAUGGUUUGGUUCCGAGAGCAGAAUCGUUGUGAUUAGUAGUGAUAGGAAGCUUCUCGAGUCUCAGAAGAUGAACCGUAUUUAUGAAGUGGAAUACCCAUCAGAAGAACUUGCUCUUCAAAUGUUUUGCCGAUUUGCUUUUGGGAGAAACUCUCCACCUCAUGGUUUCAGGGAGCUUGCUGUUGAAGCUACAAAGCUUGCGGGUAAUCUUCCUGAUAAACUCAACACGUGGGGUUUGUGUUUUCAAGGGAUCAGGGACAAGGAAGAGUGGGCGAAGAUGCUACCUAAUCUCCAAAAUGCAAAAAUCAUCUACGAUGGGUUAGAUGACAAAGAUCAAAAUCACAUUGCAUGUUCAACUAAUGGUCCAACGAACGGACAAUGUUCAAACUCCCAGCCUCAAAGAAACAUGGACGCAAGCCAUGGGAGAGACUUGUCAAGUUCUUCUCAAGUGAAGGUGGAGUGGAUCCACUUGUUACACGGCGUGUCAAUAUUACUUCACAUCCGCAGUGACGGAACAGGACUUCUCAAAUAUUUGAGCUACAACCCAAAAGCACCCGAAGCGCAACAUGGAAAAGCAUGGUGGUCGGAAAAUCGUGAAAACGUGUGCGAGAAGUACAACAUAGGUGACAUCGAUAGAUCAAUUGAUGGUGGUGACGAUUUUGAGGGAAGAAACAUAGUUCGCUACGCUGCGUUGGACGGCAAAGAUCAAGGUUCAAAGUAUGGACAAUGCUCAAAUUCACAGCCUCAAAGAAUUAAGGAUGCGAUCAAUAGGAGAUGUGAAACUGAGAAUGAGAGGCUUCUCAAAAGUCGCAUAGCUUGUUUAACCAUUGGUUCACAGCCUCGAAGAAACAUGGACACAAUCCAAGGGAGAGACAAACUUGUGCAUGAUCAGAUUCGAACCAGUAAUGGCUUCUCUUUCGAUUUUCGGGGCUCAACAUCUGUAUUUACUGCUUCUCAAGUGGAUGAGGCAAAGAUCGAGUGUGAAUCAGGCGUGUAUAUAACACUUGGCAUCCUGAGAAACGGAACCAGAUUUCUCAAACGUGUGGAUUUCAGCCGAAGAACGGCUCAACAAGCAAAGAUAUGGUGGUCGGAGAAUUGGAUAAAAGUGUAUGGACAGUACAACAUAUGUGGUAUAGAUAGAUCAGUUGAUGGUAGAGUGCACUUCAAUGUGGAUCAUAAUCCGUAGCCCGGCCCAGUCGGACCUAAACAAGAUCCGGUUCAGACUGGCUUUUUUUUUGGGUUAGUCUGACCGGGUUCAGGCCGGUCCGAAAUUGUUGUAAUAUGAUGUAAUUUUCUUACUGCACAUGUUUCAAAUUUCAAAUCAAUACAACAAAAACACAAAUGUCUCUCCUGGUGUAGACACAUCAGCAUUUUGGAGCUUUCUGAAGAUGACACUUCAACAAAAA